CACUACUAGCAAUAGCAGCCAGAGUGGGGAGGAGCGUAGGCGGCCAGCGGAGGUUGCUCGUGCCAUUCGUCGACUCGGGUGGCUCAGAGCAGGAGAUGUCCACGGAAACUCAACGCAGCUGCCAUCCGCCAGACCGAUUAGAAACGGGGCAAGUUUUGAUGACCUUCUGUUGAGUGAUCUAUCGGGAGAUUGACGGAUUGACUGCUGAAGAGACCGCUGAGGAGUGGAUUCUCUUGAAUCGUAGACAACCUCUUUUUUUGGGACUAAAAGCAGCACCCCCAUACAUGGAGGCUGUCAUAGUGAUUCACGUCAAGAAAACUUGAAUUGAGCAAGCGAGUAAUCCGGGGAUAACGCUUAUAUUAACGUUAUUCAGAAACUUCUCAAGCCAUGGGCUGUUAAAUCGUAGCGUUUGCGGUUGGACCCAUUUUUAUGAUCGAUCGGAGGGGAUUGCAGGGUAGUCGCCUGAAACCCGCCAACAAAGAGCGUUAAAGAGCAGAACCCAGAGAGUUGGGACUCUCCACACCACUCGGACCUAACGGGAUGAUGCGGCUCAGUGGCUUCCAAAGGAUUUCAUAGCUCAGUAUUGAACCCAGCGUUGAAGAUUUACCCCACAUACGCCCACAGGUGGAUCACCAGUGAACUCGUCCUCAACGGGGAUUUUCUUGGUUCUAACCCAAAAGAAAAAAGUUAUGACUGUGCUCCUCUGACAUUGAUUAGUUUAUACUUCUACAAGUUACAGUAAUAAACACAAGGACUUGGUUUACUGACCCUGCCUGAUUUGACAACUACAAGAAGGAUUUGAACUAUAGAUGGUGACAGGAGCCUGGUCAGUGGGUGCACUGCCCUUCCCGAGCUGCUCUCUAUCUCCAGGUCAACCCAGAUAGUAGUUCUUCUGUCGGUCUGGUAUCAUCUCCCUGACGGUAUGGAUUCGACCACCAAGAAACUGGCGCUGCUGGGAUUGGUCCUGCUUGAUUUCGUUCUCCUCAUUUUUGGAGAAGAAGAGAUUCUGAUGAACACGAAGGCAGAAACGUCAGACCUCCGAUGGACCAUUUACCCGCGCACCAAACCUGAGUGGGAGCAGCUCAGCGGCCUGGACGAGGAGAACAACAGCGUGCGGACCUACGAGAUCUGCCAGGUGGACAGCGCGUCCAGCCACUGGCUGCGCAGCGGGCUGAUCCUGCGGCGCGGCGCGUCCCAGGCCUACGUGGAGCUGACCUUCACCAUGAUGGAGUGCUCCUCGCACACCACCCACCACCGCAGCUGCAAGGAGACCUUCAACCUCUACUACUACCAGGCCGACUCCAACGAGGCCACGGACACGCACCCGCCGUGGAUGGAGAACCCCUACACCAAGGUGGACACGGUGGCCGCCGACUUCCUGCUGCGGAAGGGCGGGGAGCAGAAGUUCAACGUGAAGACGCUGCGCCUCGGGCCGCUCUCCAUGCAGGGCUUCUACCUGGCCUUCCAGGCGCAGGGCGCCUGCAUGGCGCUGCUGUCGGUGCGCGUCUUCUUCAAGAAGUGCCCGUCCAUGGUCAGCGCGCUGUCCUCCUUCCCCGAGACGGUGCCCCGCACCCUGGUGCAGGAGGCCCAGGGCGUGUGCGUGGCGGACGCCGCCCAGCAGGGCCGGCCGCGGCCCCCCAAGCUCUUCUGCGGCGAGGACGGCCAGUGGGUGGGGCAGCCCACCACCUCCUGCGCCUGCCUGCCCGGCUUCGAGGCGGCGGACGGGAGCACCGUCUGCAACAGGUGUCCCGUGGGCCAGUUCAAGGCGGGUCUGGAAGGCCAGUGCACGGGCUGCCCCGGCUACAGCCACGCCGCCGGCAUCGGCUCCACCGUGUGCGCGUGUCGCCCCGGCUACCUGCGCGCCGAGUCGGACGCCCCCAACUCGCCGUGCACCCGCCCCCCUUCGGCGCCGCGCGGCAUCGUGCCCCGGGUCAACGAGACCACCCUGACGCUGGAGUGGAACGAGCCCCUGGACAGCGGCGGGCGCAGCGACCUCAGCUACGCCGUGCGCUGCUCCAUGUGCGGCGUGCGGCGCGGCCAGUGCGCGCCCUGCGGCGACAGCGUCAGCUACCGGCCCGCCCAGCUGGGGCUGGUGGGCCGGCGGGCCGAGGUGUGGGGGCUGCUGCCCCACACCACCUACACCUUCUCCAUCGACGCGCUGAGCGGCGUGUCGGCCCUCAGUGGCAAGGCGCCGGCCUGGGACAGCAUCAACAUCACCACCAACCACGACGUGCCGGCGCUGGUCUCUGUGAUCCGGAAGAGCGUGUCGACGGAGAGCAGCUUGACGCUGCACUGGUCGGUGCCCACCCAGCCCCACUACACCAUCCUGCAGUACCAGCUGCGCUACUGCGAGAAGGAGCGUCAGAGCACGGAGCCGUGUCACUACAAGGAGAGCCCCGGUAACCAGGUGGUUCUGAGCGACCUGCGGCGGGCCACGCAGUACGAGGUGCAGGUCCGCGCCCGCACCAUGGUGGGCUACGGCAGCUUCAGCCCCGCCGCCACCUUCCGCACGCUGCCCGACGGUCACGACUCUCCAUCCCAGAUCCUGGUCACCGGGGUGCUGGUUGCCGUGGGGUUGCUGCUGGUCAUCAUUGUCAUCUUCGCCGCCGUCUUCUGCAUGCGCAGACACAGACGAACCAAAGACCCAGAGCUUGCCGACAAAACCAGCCAGUACCUCAUGGGACAAGGGGUCAAGGUGUACAUUGACCCCUUCACCUACGAGGACCCGAAUGAGGCCGUGCGAGAGUUCGCCAAGGAAAUCGACGUCUCCUUUGUGAAGAUUGAAGAGGUUAUCGGAGCCGGGGAGUUUGGCGAGGUGUGUCGCGGGCGCCUCAAGGUCCCGGGGAAGAAGGAGAACUACGUGGCCAUCAAGACGCUCAAGGGCGGCUUCACCGACAAGCAGAGGCGGGACUUCCUGUCGGAGGCGUCCAUCAUGGGCCAGUUCCAGCACCCCAACAUCAUCCACCUGGAGGGCAUCAUCACGGCCAGCUGCCCCGUCAUGAUCCUCACAGAGUUCAUGGAGAACGGAGCGCUGGACUCCUUCCUCAGGCUGAACGACAGCCAGUUCACUCCCAUCCAGCUGGUGGGCAUGCUUCGGGGCAUCGCCUCGGGCAUGAAGUACCUGUCUGAGAUGAGCUACGUGCACCGGGACCUGGCCGCGCGCAACAUCCUCAUCAACAGCAACCUGGUGUGCAAGGUGUCCGACUUCGGCCUGUCCCGCUUCCUGCAGGAGAACUCUGCCGACCCCACCUACACCAGCUCUCUGGGCGGGAAAAUCCCCAUUCGCUGGACGGCUCCGGAGGCCAUCGCCUUCCGGAAGUUCACCUCGGCCUCGGACGUGUGGAGCUACGGCAUCGUGAUGUGGGAGGUCAUGUCGUUCGGAGAGCGGCCCUACUGGGACAUGAGCAACCAGGAUGUGAUCAACGCCAUCGAGCAGGACUACCGGCUGCCCCCGCCCCCCGACUGCCCCACCCACCUGCACCAGCUCAUGCUGGACUGCUGGCAGAAGGAGCGCACCUCGCGGCCGCGCUUCGCCGAAAUCGUCAGCGCCCUGGACAAGCUGAUCCGGAACCCCGCCUCCCUGAAGAUAGUGGCCCAGGACGGCGCCGGGCCUUCCUACCCCCUGCUGGACCAGCGCGGCACCCAGACCCUCUCCACGUGCGCCUCGGUGGGGGACUGGCUGAGGGCCAUCAAGAUGGAGCGCUACGAGGACAGCUUCCUGCACACCGGCUUCACCUCGGUGGAGCAGCUAGCCCACAUCACCACUGAGUCAGUACCUUAACCCUAACCCACAUCACCACUGAGUCAGUACCUUAACCCUAACCCACAUCACCACUGAGUCAGUACCUUAACCCUAACCCACAU